UAACAUAUUGUUUGUUUACAACACGAUUUGAAAGUAAAACAAAUAGUUUUUCCCUUCGGUAAGGACCUUACCUACAAAUUCUGUUUACUUUCUCCGCAAAACUUUAGGUUCUUCUCAUCUACAAAAACAUCUAUUAAUAAUUUUUAAACUGAGUUUCAGAGAUGGCUGAAAAUAUUGGACUGGUCAUUCAAGUACCUUCAUCCCAAGGAACCACGUCCAGCAUUGAUAUCUCAUUUGAAGAUAUUAAAGAAGAGAAAAAGUUUGUCUUUAAAGAUUCUAAAUUCCAGCUCAAUAAGCUAAAAAAGAAGAAAACAUACAGGACAUUGAAGCAAAUUAUUUCUCAAGAAAAGAGUUUACCUUGGCCUCCAGAUGCGGUUACAUAUAGCUCGAUUGGUGCCCCUCCUUCAUUCCGACCAGCCAAGAAAUAUUCUGACAUAUCCGGCUUGAGCGCCAAGUAUACUGAUCCCCAAACCAAGCUGUAUUAUGCCUUAGCUGAGGAGUUUUCCACAGUGAGAAAUUUGCCGAGUGACAUCAUUGCAGGCUACCUAUCACUACGUGGUGCCAACAACCCUAUCGGCUAGGUUAGUUUAUGUCUAUUUAACGUAUUUUGAAAAUGUAUUAUGACUGUACACAGUAUAUAAAUAUUUUUGCGGAACAUCUUAAAUAAAUGGGUUUGUAAUUUUGUA